GUAGAUUUCAAUUUGAAGAAGUUAUUCGGCCGUUUUUUGCUCAGCGUCCUACUUUUGGAAGGGGGAAAGAGAGAGCUCGAGAGGUAGCAAUGGCGGAGGUGCAGAGAAGAAGGCCGAUGCCACCAGGACCGCCGAGAGGCCCUAUUGGUCACAUGCAGCCCAAGAACGUUGCUAGAUCGGAACCCGUCGAUCGCGAGAAGACAUGUCCACUGCUACUUCGUGUUUUCACCAAGGUGGGAGGGCAUCAUGCUGAGAGUGAAUUUGCUGUGAGAGGGAAGGAACCUAAAGAUGAAGUCCAAAUUUAUACCUGGAUGGAUGCUAGUCUACGCGAACUCACUGAUCUGGUUAAAGAAGUGGCACCUGAAGCACGAAAAAGAGAUGCUGUAUUAUCCUUCUCGUUUGUCUAUCCUGAUAAAAAUGGCCGAUUUGUUGUUAGAGAGGUAGGAAAAACAUAUUCAAUCCCAAGUGGGAGACGACCAGAUAAUGGCAAUCAAACACUGAGUGAUCUUAAAUUUGAGGUACCAAUUGUCCACACCAUCUUGGAAGCAUGAAUCUGUUUUCUAAUAUUACAUGCAGUUUUACCCGUAUUUGUUUGAUCUUCUGCAGAUAGGUGACUACUUGGAUGUGUCAAUUCAAUUUCAACGACCUGAAAUUGCUUGAAUGAAAUUGGGAAGUCAUCUAGCAUAUGUUGUGUUCUUUAGCUUUUGUUCUGGGAUUCUAUCUUGUUCCUAGUUUCUAUUCCAAUGUUUGACGGGUGGUAAUAUGGAUUCUGGUGUAGUAGUAGGAGGAGGAGACAACUCUCUAUGCUCACUAAUUUGGAUUUACUUCUUUAUUUUUGUGAUGUUUUGCAUUACCGUUUCCUGAGUGUUCAUGGUGCUCCUCGUCAUCUGCAUGGCAAUUUGUAGUUUGUACAUGCGCGUUCCUAUCUCCGAGACUCCAUCUGGGGAUCAUAUAAACCCGGACGAGCUUUAUGUGUAGAUUGCAAAUUCGUCUUAUGAUCGUAUCUAUAAUAGCAGUAUAGCUAGAUGCAUACUUCGUAUGAUCGUAUCUAUGCUUAAUAAGUUUUGAAUGUAUAUAUCUACUUGACUAGUUUUGUAUCGCGCGUUGCGCGAUAGAAAAAUGCCCAAUGCGAUCUAUGAUUUCAAAAUUCGUUAUGGUAUUUAUGCAAUUAUUAUUUUGUACGAUAUUAUGCCCAA